GGCUCAACGAAUCUGAAUCAUGAUUGUCGUCAUGAUUUUUAUCGUCAGUUGUGAACGAAUCUCGUUUUGGGGCGGUACGUAAGUAGUCGUAAACCAGUCGUAGAUGAACAUGAUCACCAUCACACCUCCUUUAUUUUCACGUCAGACGCGACAAGAUCUUCGUCUUUUUGCUUCUCCUCUCUCUGAUCCGGAAGAUCGCCAAUUUGUCUGUGGUCGUUGAGGUGUCGCAUUUUUGAACGAACGGUACGCGCCUAAGAACGCAGUUUUCGUUUUCAAUGUUUCUCUUGCGAUCCCGAAAGAUGAAGUGAAAUUGCAGUCGUGUCCUUUUUUUUGUUUGAAUUUUUUGUGGUUUUUCUGUUUUGUGUGUACUUGAGAACGUAUCUGUAUCCUAGUUUGUUUCAAGCUUUGAGCAUCUUAUUUACUUUGGAAAACAACAAUGCCGGAUUUCGGGUCUAGUUCUGCCAAGGCACACGGUGCCAACUACAUGGACGACAGUGUCAUGGUAAGAUUUUCAUUUUGUUUCUCGUCUCUCUUUUGUUUUUUGUAUUAGUAUCGUCUUACAAGAAAAUUUAAAUUAGACACGAUGCAAAGGAAUCGCUCCUAUGUUGGUUAGGUUAAUAUUAUGCAAAAACACACAUGCAUCAACAACAACAACAUACAGCAAACAACCGCCCGGGAGCGAAAACUGCGGGAAAACGACAUCGAGCGAUGCCCGUUUUUGUACUCCACGGCGUCUUUUUCGCAGACCUACAGUAUGGAGGCCGACGACGAUCCGGGUCCGGGCACGUACGACGUGACGGACGCGUCCGCCGCACUGGGGCCCCAGUUUUCGUCCAUGAAGCACACCGCCCCACGGGUGCCCAUCCUCGAGAAGCACGAGUCCUCCUGGGCGAAGGUCUUUAUCAGUCGGGCCGCCUCCGAUGCCGCCGGGCGAGCGAAGGAAACCCCGGGACCGGGCACCUACGCAGUGCAGGUGGAAUCCAUUCCGGCCACAACAGGGGUACGAUUUGGUCACGCGGCGCGACCAGAGCCGGGUUACACGAGCGACGGUCCCGGACCUAUCUACGAUGUGCGCGGAAACCCAAGAGAGCAGGGCGUCUCGGCGUUUUCUGCAUCGGAUCGGUACUACAGCAGAUUUGCAUUUGGAUUCCGUUGCUCUUGUGCCGCAUAAAGGUAGUGCUUGAAGAUCAUGAUGCUCCUUCGUCUAAGUGCUGCUUUUUGCACCAUUGACGUCGAAUUAAGAUCUCUUGUUUCUAACUUGUUAUCAAUAAAUACCAGAUGGGCGAGCGGCCCGUCGGACAGGAGCUAUCUCGGACCCGGUGAGUACGGUGCGGGCGAGAGUUUCACGGGUCGAAUGCGAAAAGCAAAAUCUUUCGCGGAGGGUCGCGACAAGUGGGAGAAGGUGGUCUUUCCGGGCUGCGAAAAAGUCUUCCUCGGCCGUGCCAGUCUCGGACCCGGAAAAUGCCAUGCAUUUCAAAGUAUACAAAUUUACGGUUGAGGAUGUCUUCACGCAAUCAUGUCAAGUUCGCUUCGCUUCCUUCUUCUUGUCCUACUUGUGUUUUUUCUUCUAAAAUCGAGAUCCAAUUCGCAAACUCCUAAACAGCCGGCGGCAAGACGGCUCCGUUCUGCAAGGCGGGGCGCGAAGGUCCGGGUGGCAUGUGGGAGGGGCUCAAGCGGAAGGGCGAGAUCCCAGGACCCGGGGCGUACAAGGUCGGUGGGCCGAAGCACAGCAUUUUCAACAGCAAAUCCGCCUUCAACUUCGGAAAGCCGCCACCUGCUGCGCGGUUGAACUGGAAGCGCCAAGUUUACGAGACCGCCUCCUGGUCGAGACUGGCCAUGUCGAAAAACGAAAAAUCGCAAGCACGCGGAUGAGGUGACAGCGAGGAGAAGAAAAUAAAGCGAGCUUGAUUAUCGAAGUUUUUUGUUAUUGUUUGCAUCCAAAGUUACAGGAGUUUGCUCAUCCUAUUACUAAUUGUUCUGUUUGAUUGACACUGAAAAAUGUAAAAUGUUUGCACAAGUUUGACGAUUUUCGUUUGUUUUGUUUUGAUUGACAAUUUGCACACUAUUUGAUUGACAACUCUUUGAUCAGCCAGAUUCACAUCCACUGUAAUGUUUCACUUUGAAUAAAUUUGACGGUACUUGAACCUAGUUUCACAACAGUCGAAUAUCGGUGUACAAAAUUUCAAAAUUGAGAAGUUUCGAAACUUGUAGAUUUAGGUGUUGACCUCCACGACGGCAGAUGCAGUAGAAAAUGUACAGCUUUGUGGCGUGCCUGCGUGGCUGGUGGAGAAAGUGGGUUCAUAAAAGGUUGUGGCCCUCGUCCAGGUCGAGCCACCAGUCUCCGCGAUCUCGUUGACUUACUUUUCAUCUUCUACUGCCCUUUUGUUUGAUUCCAAUUGAUCACAUUUCACACACCACUCAUUCCUGUAGUUCUUGUUUGAUUGUGACGAACAUCCUGUACACCAGUUUUUUAGUGCCUAGCAAGAAGAGGAACGAUCAGCGUGAUGAUGUUACUCUGCUUUCAAAACUUUUGAAGAAAUAUAGAGCAGCGAAUUUGAGCUGCAUCACCAAUAACCUGUACACUACAAAGCCAAAGAAAGUAUCGCAACUACG